GUGGUAUUCAUCAUCUUCGGAAGAGGAUGUUAUUAUGCACAACAUGAUUAUGAACGCGGCUCAGGUGUUCAUGUCGGCCGCUGAAGGGUCGUCCCAACCGCUAACCAGACGAGCAAAAUAUAACCGAGACCAAGAAGCCGGCCACGAUAAACUAGUAGCCGAUUAUUUUGCCGACGAACCCGUGUACCCAACCGAGAUUUUUCGACGCCGUUUCCGCAUGAGUCGUCAACUGUUCUUACGUAUUGCAGGCGACAUGGCCCAGUCUGAUCCGUUUUUUACAUUGCGAAACGAUGCUAGAGGGCAAAGGGGUUUCAGUAAUUUACAAAAAUGUACGUCGGCCAUUCGCCAACUUGCGUACGGUUACGCACCAGAUGCAUUAGACGAGUACAUUAGGAUGUCUGAAAGAACCGCACGUCGAUGUUUGUAGAAGUUUUGCCAAUGGGUUGUCAAAUUGUAUAGCAAGCGAUACCUGCGGAAACCGAACGCAAACGACGUUCAAAAAUUAUAUCAG